CACCCCCCCCCCCUCCCUCUCUCUCUCUCUCUAAAAUGUCCAGCAUCUUUUGGAAGAAGUUCAAUCUUUGCUUAUCAAAACUGAAAUGUCUACCCACCAUAACCUCAUCCUCACCAUCACCUCCAGAUCAAGAUGAUGAUCUUAGCCGUCCAUUAUCACCGACGAUCAUAAUUAAAAACUUCAGCUCCACCUAUGAUCUCUCCUCCACAACCACCGCCACUGACGACUUCCUCUCCUCCUCCGACACCGACACCACCACCGACUCCUCCUUACCGGACUUUGCCACUGUCUUCGCCUCUCAACGCUUCUUCUUCUCCUCCCCCGGCCGUUCCAACUCCAUCAUUGAGUCCCCAGACAUCUGCAGGCCUCCAGAGACUAGUCAACCAACACCGCUGGACGGAGGCAUUGCUGUCGAUAAGUACUCGCCGGAUCCUCACACGGACUUCAGACGUUCAAUGCAAGAGAUGAUUGAAUCAAGAGAAACCGAAGCGGAUUCUGAGUACUUGCAUCAACUCCUCCUUUGUUACCUUACAUUAAACCCUAAACACACCCAUAAGUUCAUUAUUAGUGCUUUUGCAGAUAUUUUCCUUACCCAUUUUUCUUCACCGGAAUAUUCUAACAUCAAGCAAGACCGUCAUCGGCGACAGCCCACUGCUUCUAGAUGAUUAGUUGGUGUUACUAUUAGAAAUCCAAACCCAAACGUAUCAGAUAUGUUGUCCGCUCUGAACCAUCUCGCACUGUUUCUAGAUUCAUUCUCGGCCAACUCAACCACCCGAAUAGUUUGGUGUAACAUAUCAACUAAGUAAAGUUUGUACUCCCUUUUGUUUUAGUUGGUAAAUUUAGAGGAAAAAAGUGAGAGAGGGGGAUUAUUAUUUUAUUGGAAUGACUUUGUGUUUGGUGAAAAGGGUAUGUUUGGUGAAAGAAGACAAAUUAAAAGUGAAUGUAUUUUGAUGAUUUGCAAACCAAGGGAAGCGUGGGCAUGGGAUAUAUAAUUUGUUAAUGUUUCCAUGCCUGUUUUUACCAUGCUAUGCGGGUGUGCAGUGUAUUAAUAAUGUGUAACAUUAAUUUAUUUGAUUAGCAAUUAGCACAAUAGGAGACUUGACAGACAAA